AUGAAGGCAACUGAAGGCGGGCAGGUUGUGGCGGAUUUCAUUUCGCUUCCAAAGGCGCCUAAGUCAGACUGGAAGGCGUCAGAUUUUGAGCUGCUGCACAAAUUAGGUGGUGGCAACUACGGUGACGUCUAUCUUGCCUCGGUGCGGGAUUGCAACUUCGUGUGUGCCAUCAAAAAACUCUCCAUCAAGAAACUGGCGGAGUUUGAUAUCGUCACACAGCUGCGGCGGGAGAUUGAGAUUGCAUUCCACACCCGACACAAGUAUCUGCUGCGCACCUACGGAUACUUCUUCGACGACGCCGACAUCUACCUCAUCCUAGAGCCCUGCAGCAAUGGUAUGCUGUACACAGAGCUGAACCGCGUGAAGUGCUUUCCCCCGCCGACCGCCGCACGCUACGUUGCACAGCUCGCAGAGGCCCUGCUGUACCUCCAUCAGCACCACAUUCUCCACCGCGACAUCAAGCCGGAGAACAUUCUGCUUGACCACAAGCAGAACAUCAAGCUCGCGGACUUUGGCUGGUCGGUGCACGACCCGAACAACCGCCGCAAGACAUCCUGCGGCACGCCGGAGUACUUCCCACCGGAAAUCAUUGGUCGCCAGCCGUACGACACGAGCGCCGACUUAUGGUGCCUCGGUAUCUUUUGCUACGAGCUGCUGGUGGGCAAGACGCCGUUUGUCAGCAAAGACACGGAGCACAUAUGCAAGAAGAUCCAUGCGAUGCAGUACUCGAUCCCAGAAACGGUGCCACCGGAGGCGAAGGACCUCAUCACGAACCUUCUGCUACGCGACGGCACCAAGCGUCUCGCGCUGCACCGCGUAGUGAAUCACCCAUUUCUGCUGAAGUAUUACUACCUGCCGAACGGGAUACAGCCACCGACGGGAAAGAGAACACGCGCCGGUGCAGAUGUAACCAGUGGAAAGGAGAACAAUUAG